UCUGGCACUUCCUGAUUGCUGACCCAAGUGACCUCCUCAUCAGAGGGUAGAUUCGCGCGCGGUGCGAAAUGUGACAUUCUAUUUGUUAAUGAGUAAGGCUGUCAGACGUGUGCGUCUGAUAUUGCAUCACAGACACAUCAGCUCGUACAGUUUCAGACUGUCAUCAAUAUGGCUGAUAUGGACUGGAAAAAGAGAGUUGGUGUAAACAUUAAUUACAAUUCAGACAGUGAUGGAGAAUCUACAAAUGUCAUAACAGAGGAGAAAAACGGUGACACGUCUCCAGAAAUUGAAGGCAAAGUAGGCCAAAACAGCAGCGCUGAGUCCAGCUUGGAUGCCAUUCUGCACAAGUACGAACAGUACGGCAGCACACCGCCUCGAACAAGAUUGUCAAGGCAUAUGAGGGACUGGAAAAGAAAGGAAAAAGAGGUUGAUCGCAAAGAAAAUCCUCCUCAAAUCAAAAUGGCGAGACGCAAUACAUUUGAUGCUAUGUAUUUGGAUAAUAGUGACAUUGCUGAAAGUGAUAGCGAACAACCUCCUGAACGCAUCUGCAAGCGAUUUAUGAAGAUGUUACGAGGAUCCGAACGAGAUAUGAAGCUGGAUCUCACUCACUCUCCUGACAUUCACUCAUUUUCAGUUGACAGUGGUGUUGAUAGAGCAGAUAGAGCAGAAAGUGUUCCGCUGGGCACGCAGCCUGUGAUGAAAGUUGAGAGCUCCAAUCGGUUCAUGAGUUUAACAUCCAAACUUGUUGCUUGCCACAAUGUGAAGAAAAUGAAACAUCAGUUUCUGAGUUCUAUGAACUCACGCCAAGAAUUGUACAAUCUGCUACUUCCAUUCAGAAGUGGUCCAGAAAAUAUUCCUGACAAACUAGCUACACGACAAUUAAGUAAUGAAGAGUUUCGCUGGCAAAAUGAACUGAAAGAUCUCAUAUGGCUAGAACUUCAGGCUUGGCACGCCAGUCGAUCCUUAAAUGACCAGGAUGAGUACUUAUGCAAGGCUCGAGAGGAAGUUGAAAAACUUCUUCAUGAUAUCAUGGUGUAUCGCUUUGACUGCGAUCUUACUACUCAUCCACAUUAUAAUGAAGCUUGUGAUACUGGGCGCUGUCUAUCUAUGUACUGUGAGUUUUGCAUAGAGAAGCAGAACACUGCUAUCAGAGAAAUCGAGAGACUUAGCAACAGGCUUGAACAAGCUGAGUCUUUAUUUUCUUCAAGCAAAAACUUUGCAAACACAUAUCCUCUGUAUAAGGAUGAACAUUUCACGGCAAGAGUGAAGUCAAUGUGUCUUUGGCUGAACAUGACCAAACAACAUCGUCUGAAGAUGCUCAUAUUGGGCAAACUCUUCAUUUCACGCACUGCUCAAGCGUGUUUGUGGCCAGGACCAGCCCCAAUGCUAGGGCCAACAGACACAGAUUCUGGAGUUGGUUCAACAAAUGGAACAAAUACUGAAGGCGAGCAAGACUCUCCACCUGUAGAGGAAAGCCACAGGAAGAAAUUGGAGUGGAAACCAUCUGUGCGAUUUGAUACAGAAUAUACUGGGUCCAGCCCGUCAGAUUCUGCUAGCUCUGCUAGCUCUCAAAGCAUUUAUGAAAUGCCAGAUGUUGUUGACUACAGUUCAGCACUUGCUACAAUUAGUCAAACAAUUUGUCCACACAAAAGGGAUAAGUCAUCUCCCUACCGACUCUUCAUCGAGGAGGUAUUAAAGACAAAAGGAUUGCGAAAAUCCGUGCGCUUUUUGGAAAGGCUACACCGUUAUACUCUAGUCAGAUCUUGUGUAACUUUGGAAAAACCGAGUGAAAUUCCCAUUACAGAUGAUAAGCCUUUUGAAUGUGCUCAUGAAGAAGAGCUAAGACGACAUGGAUUUUAUAGUCAAGAAAUGCAAGAGAUUGGUCUUCCUUCAUAUCAUUCUUCAUUUCUUUUCCUUGCAAGGAUUCCUCUACGUCUUAUUCACGAAUAUUUAGACAUGAGGCUUGAGCAGCAGCCAGAGAAACCAUCUGAUCUUUGCUUGAGGCAGUUGAUGAGAGAACUGAAAGAAGGCCUUCGUCUGGCAGUCUUGUUCAGAGAACGUUUUACUUUCCUAAUUAUUCAUGCAUUCCGUGAUGUAACAUUGGACCAUGAUUUGUAUGAAGAUGUCCAUGAGUUAGACAAAAGCUCCCGCAGUGUCUUUCAAAUUUAUCUUGAUUACUUGCAAAGGUGGUGCCAUUUGGUAGAGCAAGAAAGCUACCAGAAGUCUCUGCUUGAUGAAGAGUGGAUUUUUGCAAAGCAAGUGGCAACUCAAAUACCAUCUGGUGUCAGCAUGGUUGCUGGGAAGUUUUGCACUAUUUCAAAGACUAUGCUACGUAACCUUGGUGAUAUGCUUACUGAUCAAAUUAAUGGUCUCACCAAACCUCUCUGUGAUUCAGGAGAUGAUUGCAAAGAUCAGGUAACCAAGCAGUCAAUUUUGACUUUAUGUAGGGAGUUACAGUGUGUCUUUAAUGAUAUGAGAGAGCGGUUCCUGAAAGCUUUUAAUUUUACAAAAACAUUGAAAAAAGAUGUUGAAGCAAUGGGUUCAGAGUACCAUUCUUGUUUAGAUGCGUUAAAAGAUGAGGCUUUACAUCUCUGCAAAAUUAUUAAACUUGCCAUGGUAUCUGUGGAGAACACGUGGUGUAUCACAGAUUCGUUGGAUAUUGAUGCUAUGGAAAAUGAGGCUGUUCAAGCAACGAUUAGAGAAACAUUGCACCAGGGAUAUAAGUUUGGCUUUGAGUACCAUAAAGAAGUCUGCAAAAAUGUGACAGGAGAAAUCAAACCUUGUGUCCCCAAGGUACUACUUGGAUUUGCCCUUAUGUGGAUGAAUUUUGUGAAACAAAGAUGUGAACGAGGAAGGGGUAUGAGACCCAGGUGGGCCAACCAAGGCCUAGACUAUUUGUUAAUAGUAUGUGAUACAGAAAAUACCCAGUACCUUGCUGAAACUGAGUUUGAAGAACUGAAGAUGCGAGUUCAGGAUGUCACUCAACACAUCAUAGGGAAUUUCCAGCCGGAUCCAAUUAAGGACAUUCGGACUGCGGAUUCUUCAAGAGCCAAUUCGCCUACACCCAGACCUAGAUUCCGGCUUCCACGUUCACCUCAUGAUGGCAAUGUUCGACUUCAGACUCCUACAAGAAAAUCGAGCAUCAAUACACCUUCAGAUGGCAGUGUUGACUCUCCAUCACCUCAAGAACGCAAAAAUGUUCUGCUAUAUGUUUGUCCAAAAUCGAGAAUGGAGCGAGUACGCUCUUCAGUGGACAAUUUGGAGAGAAAUGUUGAUCACAAAUUAAGAACCCAGAAUCUUAUUGGAUAUGUGACGGCAGUUCACAAAGAAGACAGAGUGCAUAUUCGCUUGAGACAGGUUAACUUUAGCUGGCAAAGAGGUAUAAAGAUUGGACAAGGUAGCUUUGGCAAAGUUUAUACCGCUGUUAAUAACCAAACAGGUGAGUUAAUGGCCAUGAAAGAAGUACAACUGCAGCCCAAUGAUCACCGUACAAUUAAAAAAAUUGCCCAAGAGCUAGCCAUUUUUGAAGGUAUCCAACACAAACACCUUGUCAGAUACUAUGGUGUUGAAAUACAUAGAGAUGAAAUGCUUAUUUUCAUGGAGUUUUGUGAAGAAGGCACUUUAGAGACAUUAGUUGCCGCCACCAGCAAUGGUUUACCUGAGCCUUUGGUUCGUCGCUUCACUCUCCAAUUAAUGCAGGCUGUCCAGACUCUCCACUGCCAUGGAAUAGUCCAUCGAGACAUCAAAAGUGCCAACAUUUUUCUAACAGAUGAAGGAAAUUGUUUAAAACUCGGAGACUUUGGCUCAGCUGUGAAAAUUAAAGCCCACACUACAAUGCCAGGUGAAUUGCAAGGUUUUGUUGGAACACAGGCCUAUAUGGCCCCAGAAGUUUUCACAAAGAUGCACACUGAAGGACAUGGGCGAGCUGUUGACAUUUGGUCUAUUGGUUGUGUUGUUGUUGAAAUGGCCAGUGGGAAAAGACCAUGGGCAGAACUUGAUUCCAACUACCAGGUCAUGUUCAAAGUUGGGAUGGGUGAAUCACCAGCCAUACCCCCAAGUUUAUCAGAUGAGGGCUACGACUUUGUUGAUCACUGCUUGCAGCAUGAUCCUCAACAACGCUACACCGCAGCUGACCUACUCCAGCACACCUUCUUGAAAGUUGACGGAGAGGAGCCGCUUCUUUCCCUUCUUCCAUCAAUCAUCGAUGACUAUGGCCAUUUUGGUAAUACCAAGGCCUAGGUGAAUCAGUUUUCAUGCUUUAUUUUCUGGUCUAUUCGUUCAGUUUCAGUUUUCUUUGUCACUUGUUAUAAAUGUACUUAUGGAUAGCAUAUCUUUAAUCACAGUUUGUGAAACAAACUGUCAUGAGAACACGUGUAGUUUUAAUUUUUGAGACUAUGGGAGUGGAACUUCCUAUGAAAAACUUUAUGAGAAAAUGUUAAUGUUAUUACAUAUAUACUUUUAUUCUGUAUUUUAUAAAUGUUUUAAUGUUUUUUCUUCAAAUACAGUAAUGGUAUUAUUGCUGUUACAUGUAGUACAUCGUUUUUUGACAUAGAUUUUAGAUGUAUUUUAAUAACCAUUACGUAUGUUUUACUAGAAGACCGCUUUAAGCAAAAUCAAACAAUGCAUCUCUUUGACUAUUUGCUGUUACUUAAAAAAUGACAUGUUUUGUUGUUGUUUUUUUACAUUAAAUGGGUAGCUAAUUAGGACUAUUACUUAUUAAACAGUGCAGAACAAAUAUUUUAUCCUAGAUGUUGUAUGGUGUAUUGUAGCAUAAAAUGUCAUGCCAAAAUGGUUUACCAUAUUUGUAGGUUCAGUAAUCAUUCCUUUUUGAGGUAAAUGUUGGCUUGAACAUUCCCUUACUUGUACAAAUUAAAGUAGUGGCUGAGUUUUCCUGUCGUGCUGAUAGCUGUUGUGUAAUCCAAUCUAUCUUAAGUAUAAAAAUGUUAAUUUUAAUUCUGUGCUACCACCCUGGUUGUAACUGGUUACAAUCAUGUGAAUGCAUGAUGCAUUCAUUGUAUUGUACAUGCCUUUUCUUUUAUGCACAUUCCCCCUUUACUAUCAAUUUUAAAACUUGUGUGAUUUACAGAUCCUUGUUUUUUUUAUUACUAGGUACAUAACCACCAUAGCUUGAAAACAGAAAGUAAAUGUAAUAGUAUGCAUGCCAGAAAAAAAUACAACCAGUGGCAUCUCUUAGUAAAAUACCUGUCAUAUCACCCAAUAUCAGGGUUGUUGUAUAAUGUUAUUGUAUGUGUCUGUAAAUUUUGAUACUUCUGACUUCAACAGCAACAAUGGAUCUUAUCAUACACAUAGUACAUGGUCAUAAAGUUGUGUUUUUCUGUUCACAUACCUUUUUUAUUCGGGCUUGUUAUUAAUAAGCAAGAUAACCUUUUUUCCCCAUUGAAUGUCAGUCCCAUUAAUCAAAUGCCGAUGCAACAAACAUUAUCAGUCCUAGUUUUCAUGCCGUUUUUCAUCUUCAUCAUUCUUAAAUUUUGCAUGUACUGUAUUGAAUUUUACUAUUUCCAGUGCCUUACAAGUUUGAGAUUUCUGUGAUAAUGACGUUUGUGAGGAUGUGACCUUUGUAUUGUGCCUCUCUUAAAAGAAAGUGCAAUUAUUUUGCCCCAAUUACAAUGUUUCCUAGUUGUGUCCUUUUUUAAAAGGUAAAGACUGAAUGUACAGCCAUGCUUUUACAGUGCAGUAUGACUUUAUCAGAAGAUAAAAGUUAUUUAGUUUUUCUUCUUGGUCAAUGACUAUAAUAAGAGCACAAAGUUUUUCAUUUGGUGCAUUCUAAUUUGCACGUAUUAUGCCAAAGUAAUUAACUUGAAUUGUUAGGUGGUCCGAAAAAAUCUUUCAUUGAAGGCUUGCCUUGAAUGUUUCCAUGUCAACUGUUGACACUGUAAUUCAGUUAUUGCAUGUAUCCACCACAGAUCUGGGUCCUUCUUCAAUUCAUAUCUUACAUGUUCUUCAGAGUUACAUUGAUGUUCACCUUCUGCAUUGCAUGUUUUUGCUACUAUAAUAAGUAGAAGACUGUGCACUUUACCAAAGGAACAGUAAAUUCUGGAUUCACAUUUGGUUGGAGAGCCAACAUUCUUUGCCAGUUAAAUAAGGGCGCUUUGAGUUGAGCGGACAAACAUGUUACACAAUCAAAUCUUUCAUUGUGAUUUUGACUGAAUUGUUUUUAUCAAGUUCUAUCCCCUCCUCCCUCUGGGAAGUGUUUGUAGGCCUUUUUAUUGGCUGUGGUUGUUGGGUUGUAAAUUCUAAUAAUUGUUACAGAUAUUGGCUAAGUGUAGUACUGUAAUUUUAUUAAAGAACAAACUUUUAGUUGAAGUCAUGUACUGAAUCUUUAAGAGAAUUCUUUAGAUGCUUUAACAAUCCUAUUUCCGUUUACUUUAGUAGAUCUGUUUGUAGUUUGUUGCAAAAUUCUUGUUAUUUGAAAAUUGUGAAUAAACUAUCAUUCCUCUUGA